UCUCUCUCACUCUCUCUCGACUCUCGUGGGUGUGUUGAGAACUUGACUGUGUGUUGCUGUGAUAUGGGUGUUCAGGAUUUCUUGGUGGUGACUGUCAUUGGCUUUUGCUUCCAAGCUCAAAUCUUGAGCUCUCAGAACUUGACAUGCAAUCCAAAUGAUAUGAAAGCAUUGGAGGAUUUCACGUCAAGUUUAAAAACUGUGGUCGACGGGUGGGGAAGCAGUUUCUCAUCUGAUUGCUGUAAAUGGGAAGGCAUCACUUGCAACUCUUCAUCCUCUCUCGGAAUUGGAUUGAACAAUUCAAUCGAUACCUUUCGAGUGGUCAAGUUGGAGCUUCCAAGUAAAAGACUAGCAGGCAACCUCUCUGCAUCUUUAGGCACUUUGGACCAGCUCAGAACCCUCAAUCUCUCUCACAAUUUACUCAUGCACUCGCUUCCGACUUCGCUCUUCCAUUUGUCGAAUUUAGAGCUCUUAGACUUGAGUUCUAAUGACUUUUCCGGCCCCAUUCCAGUCGAUAUCGAGUUACCUUCAAUCCAGUUCCUUGAUAUUUCUCAAAACCUUUUGAAUGGUUCCCUUCCUGGCAGCAUCUGUGACAAAAAUUCUACUCAACUUCGGGUACUCAACAUGGCCACUAACUACUUCUCUGGCAAUCUUCCACAAGGUUUUGGCAAUUGUACUUCCUUGGAGGACCUUGACCUGAGCACAAAUUAUCUUACAGGCACAAGUGAUGGUAUAUCCAAAGGUAUAUUUCGUCUGCGAAAGCUAACUCGGUUGAACAUUCAAGAUAACAUGCUGUCAGGGGCGCUCAGUGAAGAAAUCGGUAACCUCAUUAACCUUGUUCGUUUGGAUAUCUCAACUAAUGGGUUUUCAGGAACAAUUCCAGAUGUUUUCCACAGCCUUGGAAGAUUACAGAAUUUUAUAGCUCAUUCAAAUCGUUUUGGUGGUCAGAUUCCCCCUUCCUUGUCGAGUUCAUCGACUAUUUCUUUGCUUAAUUUGAGAAACAAUUCAUUGGAGGGCUCAAUCGCUCUUAAUUGUUCAGCAAUGAUUAGCUUGACCUCUCUUAAUCUCGGUUCCAAUCUAUUUGAUGGGCCUAUUCCCUCCAAUCUUCCCUCUUGUCGACAUUUGAGUGAUGUCAGUCUCGCCCACAACAACUUCCCUGGCGAAAUACCAAAAAGCUUCGAGAAUUUCCAUAGCCUCUCUUACCUUUCGUUGUCAAAUUCCAGCAUAUCCAAUGUCUCUUCUGCCCUUCAAAUUUUACAGCGGUGUCGGAACCUGACUACUUUGGUUCUCACUUUGAACUUUCCUGGCGAACAAUUUCCCGCUGAUCCAAUCCUUCAUUUUGAAAAGUUGAAGGUUUUGAUCAUUGCAUAUUGUAGGCUCACAGGUUCAAUCCCCCAAUGGUUGCGUACUAGCAGCAGAUUGCAGUUGUUGGAUAUAUCGUGGAACCAAUUGGAAGGAGCAAUUCCAAUCUGGUUUGGCAAUUUUAGCAAUCUCUUCUACUUGGACAUAUCUAACAAUUCUCUCAACGGGGAAAUCCCAAGAAGCUUAACUGGACUACCGAGCCUCAUUAAUUGGAGGUGCCCAACUGAAGAACCUUCCCCUGAUUUCCCUCUUUUUGCGUUGAGGGUGAGUGGACGAGGAUUGCAGUACAAACGAGUUUGGAGCUUUCGGCCUACAUUGGACUUUAGCAACAACAAUCUCAGUGGAGCAAUCUGGCCAGACUUCAGGAAGCUGAGGUCGCUUCAUGUUUUGGAUUUGAGGUACAACAGAUUAUCAGGACCGAUUCCAAGUAGUUUAUCUGAGAUGGUGAGCUUGGAGACUCUGGAUUUGUCUCAUAACGAGCUUUCAGGGGUAAUCCCCCCUUCGUUGGUUAAGCUUAGCUUCUUGUCCAAGUUUAGUGUUGCAGACAAUGAAUUGUAUGGGGUGAUCCCUACAGGAGGUCAAUUUUUGACCUUCUCAAGUUCAAGCUUUGAAGGGAACAGUCUUUGUGGCCACGAUGCUUCCCCUUGUCCUUCAGGAGAGGAUGGUCCUCUGGGAAAAUGGUACGGCAAAUCAGACAAGGAUUAUACCGGAGUCAUUGCCGGAGUGUGUGUCGGAUUCGUAUUUGGAAUAGCAUGUUUCAUUGGGAUAGAUAGGUAUAUCUGGACUUUUUAAGGAAAGUACAUCCUUCUUUUCUUUUUUUUCUUUUUUUUUUUAAUUUUUUAUUUUUUAUUUUGUAUGCUCGUAACGUAAUGUAUAAAUAGUAGUAUUACCCCAAAAAAAAGUGUUUUGGUUGUGAAGUGAGAGAAAUUACAGCCCCAUGUUGCCCGUAUGUAACAACACUCGUACAUAAAUGAUGAGAGGUGCCUUAUACAGGCGUUUGUAUGCAA